AUGUCCGUACAAGUGGUUGGAGAGGGCAACUCCUCGUCGCUGGAGAUGUCACCGCCAAGUGAUGACAGACUUAUCCCGAAAUGGCUCGAAAGCCAACCAAAUGAGGCUCAGUCAAGGCUUACACAAAACAUAUUAGAUGAUUACCUCGCCAAAGCUGCACAACCUCGUCACGUCUCAGGAAAUGGAUGCAUCAAACUCUGCUAUUAUAUCGAGCAGUGCAUGAGAUCCGAAUCAUCUCUCGUCAGAGACAUCAUCUUCGCCGAGAAACCUUGUCUAGACCUCUUCAACUUUUACAUUGAGUGGAAUGAGAAGAAUCAGGCGCGCUCCAUGAGGCAAGUGAUGGAGCUGAUCUCAACGAUGAUCGCCAAGAACCCGUCGCGAGACGCGAAACUCGCUAUUAGGAAAGCAAUAGUUGAGAGGGAUAUGUCUAUCGUCACUCAUCAAGCUGCCCAGCCCUUGGUCAAACCAGCAUUCAAGUCUUUGGAAAGUCUUAUGGGUAAGGGCACGAUUUCAGCCCAAGACCUCCUGGAUGCAUAUCAGGAGAGACAUGUAUCUCUGGCCCAUGAAACAGCGUCAUCGAACGACAUUGAUCCUGAAACAGGAUUCUCAGCUACGCUGAAGCAAGAGAUGUCCAUAGAGAAGGGACAUGAUAACAAUGACCCAGAAGCAUCUUCUUGGGAUGCCUUCUUCUGUGAAAUGUUUGAGUGGAUGACAUAUGCCGAUAUCUCACCAGCUGCGGGCAAAUUUCUUGUCACUGUUUUCCGAGACCUGAGGACCACAUCUGAUAAGUCGGGUUUCUCGGACAACAGUACUGCUUCAUGGCAGCGUUGGAUCCGGCGAGGUCUCGGCAGCAAUCCCGAGGCUUUGGAGAAUGUCAAGAACUACUUAUUCCCUCCUCUUUUCAAAUUGGAUAGGAUCGGCUCUCUGUCUUUUUUGGCAGACUUGAGUAUUCAGAAUUCUCUCGAGGAAUUUCAAAGCCAGAACAUGGAUGCGCAGUCAUUGCUCCAACUCUCGGCAAUGGAGACAGGAAAGAAAGCGGGGUUGGUCGAAGAGCCUGACACUAUCGAGUUUUCGAAAGUCAGUAAGAAGCCUUCGGGUGCUGUCGUUCUUCAAGAAGAUGCAAUAGGUCUUCUUCUUACGCACGAAUCUGAAACUGUCCGUUCUCUGGCUUUCUCGGUAUUAGUUUCUUCUUCGUCCACUAUUCGACCUUUCAGUAAGAUGGCACUGGAGAUUCUCAGAGCAAACAUGUACAUCCUGUAUUCAGAUACCGAUGCCAAGUUCAGAAACGAGAUUUUGAGCAGCACCAAGCACAUGAUUGAGAGGCUGAGAGGCGCCACUUCGCUUCUCGCCAAGGAAAUUGAGUCGCUUAGCUUCCAGCUCAGUGGAAAUCAAGACCUUCCAACUGCCCAACAACAAGAAGGACACAAACGACUAGAUGCCAUCAAGCUCAUUUUUCACAGCCAUAAUGAUUUCGUCGCGUGGUAUGUGGAGUUUCUUCUCCUUGAAUUGAUCCCAACAGCAUCGUACCAACGCCACAUCACUUCGUUAAAAGCAAUCUCUUUAUUCCUGAGGAGUGGAAUACUCAAACAAGGUCUCCAGUCUAGGCUAUUAAAAACGUCUGGAAAUAAUACUGUCUGGCCAUAUCACAUAGCCUUCUUCACACGGUGCUCUAUGAGACUUCUCAUGGAUCUUCUCAUGGAUCCUUUCGAGGAUGUAAGAAGUGCGGCAACAUCAAUACUGAAGCUUGCGGCUCCAUGUGAUUUCGGAUUUAAAACAAACCCCUCCACUUCAAUAGAGGGAGAUAGAAGCUCACUAGACAUUGCAAGCUCCGGUCUUAACAAUGCCGUCAACAGGACAUCUGAGUGCAAAAAUGUUAUUCUUGCGCUGCUAGUCAACUUCAUUACUCGUAUUGAAGAUCUUUCAAAACAAACAGGUCGGGCGGACCACGCAGAUGGUGUAGCAAGAUCAUAUGAGCUCUUGUAUGGUCUACAAAUAUCCCCUCAGAGCCGUUUGGCUCUCAUCACACAGCUUGUGAAAGAUCUUGAAAGCAAAAUUGAAGUUGCUGAGCACAGCCUCGGACAGGCUGUGUUUGAAGCUCCAGUCCAUGGUAACUUUGCUGCUCUAACCUUUGUUUGGGAUGCCAUUAAUCAUACCAAGGACUUCGAAGUUGACGCCACCCCGGACUUGAGCUGCCAUAGCGAACUAGAAGUUCUGCAAGAGCGCAUGGCAAACUGUUGUUCUCGUGUCUGGCAUGCUGUAAAGGACAUCCUUUGCAACGACUCGCCGGAGGGUUACCUUCCUGAGGACCUCGAUGAAGUUGAAGAAGUAGACACAAAAGACGUACUGAGCUAUAGCUUUAGGGCUAUCCAUGAGUCCAGCAACAUGAUGAGGUCACUUGUCAACACAAUUAAGCUUAAGCUUCAAACACCAGAGAGCAAGCCCAUUCUGCCAACCACCACUUUUGUUCAGAUUGCAAAUCUUUCUUUCGAACAGUUGACAACUCUGCGCCAUCGUGGAGCAUUUUCUACAGUUACCUCAACUUUCGCAGCUUGCUGCCAAGCCUGCGUGGAAUCAAGUAUGGAUCCAACAUCCAAGCAAUUUUUGACCACAUGGCAUCAAGCCAUUUUUGAAUGCAUCAUGGACCAAGACUCGACUACUCGCCGCUCCGCAGGGAUUCCUGCAGCUAUCACCAGUAUCCUCUCUGCAAGGGCCCUAAGCCCAUCACUGAACGAUGUUGUUGAAGGUCUCGUAGCCAUUGCAAAAAUACAAGUGGCUCCAAGUGUAAAAGAUGAGACAAGAUACCCGCAGGUCCAUGCUCUCAAUUCCUUAAAAGAAAUCGUGAAAAGCGCUGGUAUUGGAAAUCAAGUAGAGCCAUUCGUCGAAAAGCUAUUCACUAUUGGCGGAGACAGCUUCCAAAGUAGAAUAUACCCAAUUCGGAAUUGUGGUUUACUUCUGAUCAGAAGCUUGUUCGACUUUAUUUUCGGCACGAACACAGGGAAGGACAUCGUGGAGAAGGGUUGGGAUGGGAAGUCAACCACAAUCAACUAUAAUCAGUACCCAGCUUUGGUUGAUCUUAUAACUCAUCUCUUGGAAACUGGCACAGAUGAGGCGCUCUUUCCCGCAAUGGAUGUUCUUAGACGUGCUGGACCUCCGCCAGGCCACCUUCAACGCAUUGAGUCGCUUAUUUCUAAGCAACUGGGAAACAGCGAGUGGCAGAUUCGCCGCAUUGCUGCGGAUUGCCUGUGCUCUUUUCUGAUGGGGGGAAAUUGGCUUAAAUCGGCACUCAUGUUCUUAGAGCUCGACGCAGAAGGCUCGAACCAACGCCAUGGCCAGCUAUUGGUUGUCCGCGCAAUAUUAAGCCAAAGACUGCGCGGUGCAACUCACAGCGAGAUUGGCAAACUUUUGGAGGCAUUACCAUCCUUUAUCACAUCUUGGAGCCGGGAUGUUCAACAAUAUCCUAAUCCUUGGAACCUGAUAGCACUUGGAGAAAUUCGACAACAUAUCAAUCAAAAGUUUUGCUCCCUGGCCAUCUCCUUUCCGCAGAUUCGCGCCAAGCUUCUCAAUAACUCUGCACUGUCAACAUUGCAAGCCAUCGAUUUGCGAAGCGAUUUUCAACGGUCCCAUAGCAAUACCAAGAUUGCUAAACAUCCCGAUCUGUGCAGGCUCAUUACGCAGAAUGAAUUCUCUUCUUUAGUCAUACAAAAUGACUUCAAUGGACUUCUUCCUGCUUUUACGAAGGCCAAAGCCCUGUCCUCUAUUGCUGCGGUGGCCAUUCUUGAGGCUAUUCCCAAUGGCUUUCCAUUGACCGAUGACGGAGCUAUCCUGGUUCAGCUAUGUCUGGUCUAUGAGGAAGCAUUAGGGUCCACGGCUUCCGAAGUCCAAAUUGCUGCUCUGCAGAGCCUUUGCACUAUUUUAGAUCGCCACUUUGACUUCUCGCGUUAUAGCUUUGGCAAUCACAAGAAAGUCAUGGAUAUAGUGCUCAAGUCAGCUGGCAAGAAAUUGACCGCAAGAGGUCCUACUUCUACAAUCGCGCUGCUCGACAUGAAUGGAUGGGUCUGUCUUUUCCAAAUUCUUCAGAAGAUAGACAGCUGCCCCGCAACUUUCGAAGAUGCAAUUAUGCCCACGUCAGAAUUUCAGUCUUGGUCUAUAGAAUGCAUUCUGAAUGGAAAGGACGAUGUGGAGUUUGAUACUCGAUUUGCAGCCGCGCAAGCGUUAUCUAAGUUCUACGUUCGAAUCGUCAAAGCCCUGCGCGGUAUUCCGAAGUCCGAGUAUCUUAUUCCAUCUUUAUUCGCCCUCCAUAGUACCUUGAACGAUGACGAUGUUGAUAUUCGAAAGCUCGCUUCGGCAGCGAUAUCAAUCAUCUUGAACAGACACUUAGUCUCUCAAGCUGCUACUUCGGCUUUCGCCCACCAUCUUUUCGACUUGUUCUUGAAUUCGCCGAUAUUCAUAAAUUAUGUCACUGCCAAGAUGACUGGAACACCGACCGAUCUCCUUGACUUAGGGUGCCAGAAUUCGGUUGUCUUGGAACCCUUUGCGGAUCAAUACGUUGACGAUCAGCGUGACGAAAAUAAACUUUUUGCGGAAGAGAAGCAAAAUCUGUGGCGGGACGACAUUGACGAUGCAAAGAUUUGGGCUGUUAUUUUCGGUAAGCUGCGUCUUCACAGCUUUGGAACUUAUACUCCUGGCCAUCCUCUACCUCCCAUCAUUGCAGAAUUAGUCGUCUGGGCCAAGAACACUGCCACUACCCUGAAUGAAUCAGCCUCCUCGAAUAACGCUGCCAAUGGCUGGACCACGAAGCCGGAAGUCUUCGCUGUAUCAAUGCGAGCCAUCAAUGCUAUCAACACCCUAAUGGACUACUUGGAGGUGCAUUUCCUACCCGCUAUCGAUAGAGAACCUGCGGUUUGGAGCUCGACAGGUCCUGAUUUACUGGAUCAAUUCCACGCGAUUGUCUUGGGAACUACGGAUUUUGUGCGUCAGUGCAUUUUAAUCAACGUACAUCCCAUUUUGAUCCAAGCACUUAUGACGAGAGUGUCUCGAGUCCCGGAGGUCCGUCAAAGAUUCAAACUUCUGCAGCAGCAGGUCAAGCAGUCAGGGCAAGAGGAUGUGAAGAGCCUAAUGUUCCCUACACCCAAUGGCACAAGAUAA